AUGGGCGGGGGACCAACCACCGGCUACCGCUCCGUAGCGUAUUUCGUCAAUUGGGCCAUCUACGCCCGGAAGCACCGUCCCCAAGACCUGCCCGUCGAGAAGCUCACCCACGUGCUCUAUGCUUUCGCCAACGUACGUCCCGACUCCGGCGAGGUAUACAUGACCGAUUCCUGGGCCGACACCGACAUCCACUGGGAGGGUGACAGCUGGAAUGACACCGGUACAAACCUGUACGGCUGCCUGAAGCAGCUGAACCUGCUCAAGCGCCGCAACCGCAACCUCAAAGUACUGCUAUCCAUCGGCGGGUGGACCUACAGCAGCAACUUCAGACAGCCUGCCUCCACACCAGAGGGAAGACGCAGGUUCGCAUCAUCCGCCGUCGAGUUGCUGAAAACCCUCGGUUUCGACGGCCUGGACAUAGACUGGGAGUACCCGCAGAACCCGCAAGAAGCCGCCGACUUCGUCGCACUCCUCGCCGAAGUGCGCGCCGCGCUCGACCACUACGCCCACAGCAUCUCCGCGGCCAGCCACACGCACCCGCCCCACUUCGAGCUGACGGUCGCCUGCCCUGCCGGGUGGCACCACUACAGCAAGCUGGACAUCCGCGGGAUGGACCGGUACCUGGACUUCUGGAACCUGAUGGCCUACGACUACGCCGGCUCGUGGGACAGCGUGGCCGGCCACCAGGCGAACCUGUACCCGUGCCGGAGCAACCCGACGUGCACGCCCUUCUCGACCGACGCCGCGGUGCAACACUACACCAGCCACGGUGUGGCGCCGUCCAAGCUCGUGAUUGGCAUGCCGCUGUACGGGCGGGCCUUCCAGGGCACCGAGGGCCUCGGCAAGCCGUAUAACGGUAUCGGAGAAGGGACGUGGGAGAACGGCGUGCAUGAUUACAAGAAGCUGCCGCUGGAAGGCGCCGAGGUGAGAGUGGAUGAGGAUGCGGGGGCCAGCUACUGCUAUCAUCCCGAGCGGAAGGUGCUGGUGAGCUACGACACGGUCGACCUGGCCCGGAGGAAGGCCGACUACAUAAAGAGACAUGGGCUGGGAGGUGGCAUGUGGUGGGAGAGCAGUGCUGAUAAGGAGGGGUCGGAGAGUCUGAUCGGAAAUGUGGUGGAGGUGUUUGGCGGACCAAAGUGCCUCGAGUGGCGUGAGAACUGCCUCACAUAUCCGCACACCAAGUACGACAACCUGCGGAACGGGUUCCCCAAUAACUGA